AUGAACCCCCCGACGUGCGGCGACACCGCCUCACGCAGAAAAGGAUGGCAAACGACAACAAGAGCAGGAUACUCUGCCGAACCCAGCCAGCACGAGUCCUUUGCCGUCCAUUGCGGCGGCUCAUUCUCUGAACAACGGGGUAUACCCGAUCUGUUGUUCGCUGAAAGUCGGUUUGAGCAGAUCAUGUCGUCUCCCGACGUUACAGUCCGACACGCCAUUCGCAAAGAUGCCCCCGCCAUCUUGGAGCUUAUCCGGGGUCUCGCCGACUAUGAAAAGGAGCCGGAUGCCGUCGAGGCCACGGUCGAGACGUUGGAGAGUACCAUUGCGUUUGCGUCGUCCAACGGCGGCCCCGAGCUAGAGCCAACAUCGGCGGCGCGCCCUGCCCGUUGCCUGUUGCUCUUCUCGCCUGAGGCUAGGGCAGUUGGCAUGGCGCUGUACUUUUACAAUUACAGCACCUGGCGGUCCCGACCGGGCAUCUACCUCGAGGACCUGUUCGUGCAGCCGGCGGCGCGAGGCAAGGGGUACGGCAAGCGGCUGCUCGUCGAGCUCGCCAAGCAGGUCAUCGCCAUGAAGGGCGGUCGGUUGGAGUGGGCCGUCCUCAAGUGGAAUGAGCCGAGCAUCAAGUUCUACCGGAGCAUCGGGGCCCAGAGCCAGGAUGAGUGGCUGGGAAUGCGCGUCGAUGGCUCCCGUCUGGAGACGCUAGCUCACCUCCUGGAUUAG